ACCGGGUCAUCAGGAGGGAUCAGCCAAAUGUGAAGAAAAACACUGACUACUUCAAAAUAGAGAUAGCCUCAAUAGCGCUGCUCGUGCGAUCACAGACGCCAUAAUGGAUAGUACAUAGCGAUGCACCCUCUAGCAUUCUCUAUGGUUGUCCCACCGUUCGACUAGGAACUACUGAGCUAAACCUAGGAAAGAACAAGAACUGAGAAUAUAGGGAUUGUCGUUUCAGCAAGCUGUAUUUUUCGGAUAAUAUGCAUGUCAUUUCGCGAUUUCUAUUAUUUGAAAAAUGAUUGAACACAUGCUUCGGUAGAAGAUUCUGCGAAUGCUGAUGAUGCAAAGAGAGAGAGUCUGUACCAGCUAGCUCCCUGUCAGAUCAUUUAGCUUGCUUGUUAACUAGCUUGCCAGAUAAACACAACUUUAGUUUCUAGCUACUAUUUUAAAUUCUUAAAGCUCAUUCGCUCAAUAUGAAGACACAUUAUGUGGGCUUGUUGACAGUGUAAGCUAGCUUUGCUCAAAGUUUGAGGGUCGGCUUGAGCUAGUUAGUUAACUUGCUGUCACAUAUCUCUAGCUAUCUAACACAGGUAUCAGAUAUAACCUCAUCCAGGCAAGUCUUAAGAAUAUCCAGAAAACAUGUCGCCAAUUCCUGUCCUACCCCUUGUUAUCAAUGGGUGCAUGUCUGCACUUGGGUCCUUGGCCACAUUAAAGCUAAUUCCAGCCUUCAAAGACCACUUCAUCUCAGCCAGACUCUAUGGGAUGGAUCUCAACAAAACGAACAAGAAGGAAGUGCCAGAGUCUCAGGGCGUCAUCAGUGGGACCGUGUUCCUCAUUAUCAUGUUCUGCUUCAUCCCCGUGCCUUUCCUCAGCUGCUUUGUAGAAGAGCAGUGCACUGGCUUCCCACACAAUGAGUUUGUCCAGCUAAUUGGCGCUCUACUCGCCAUCUGCUGUAUGAUCUUCCUGGGUUUCGCUGAUGACGUAUUGAACCUGCGCUGGAGACACAAGCUCCUGCUGCCCACCAUAGCCUCCCUGCCGCUGCUCAUGGUCUACUUCACCAACUUCGGCAACACUGUCAUUGUGGUGCCCAAGCCCUUCAGGCUCUUACUGGGGAUGCACUUGGAUCUGGGUAUUCUCUACUAUGUCUACAUGGGCAUGCUGGCAGUUUUCUGUACUAAUGCCAUCAACAUCCUAGCAGGCAUCAACGGCAUCGAGUCAGGACAGGCACUCUUCAUCUCUGGCUCCAUCAUUGUCUUCAACCUGCUUGAGCUUGGUGGAGACUACAGAGACGACCACAUUUUCUCCCUUUACUUCAUGCUCCCGUUCUUCUUCACAACUUUAGCACUUUUCUACCACAACUGGUACCCUUCAUCUGUGUUUGUGGGAGACACCUUUUGCUACUUUGCGGGGAUGACCUUUGCAGUGGUAGGAAUUCUGGGGCACUUUAGCAAAACCAUGCUGCUCUUCUUCAUUCCUCAAGUGGUCAACUUUGUCUACUCACUACCCCAGCUAUUCCAUGUAGUACCCUGUCCCAGGCACCGCCUCCCCAGACUGAACCCAAACACAGGAAAACUAGGAAUGAGUUGGUCUAAAUUCAAAAGGAGGGACCUCUCCAAAUUGGGAAAUCUUAUUUUACAGGUGGCAGAGAUGCUGCGGGUGCUGGAAGUGAAGCGUGGACAGGAGGGCGAUGAUGAAUUUGUGGAGUGCAACAACAUGACCUUAAUAAACCUGGUGCUGAAGAUACUGGGACCCACACACGAGAGAGAUCUCACCACCAUCAUGCUACUCAUACAGGUACUGGGGAGUGUGUUGGCUUUCGGGAUCCGCUAUCACCUGGUUCGCCUCUUCUACGACGUCUAGAGAUGCUACAGAUAGAAAGCUGAGAGACUACAGGGAGGGAUGUCCAACUAUGCUGGACCAACCACGUCUGAUACAUGAUGAUGAUGAUUUUGACUAUUGAUUCCUUGAUUAUUGAUUCACCUAUCCUUCUCUGCUUUAAAAUGGGUCUGUUUAUAACAAGACUGACAGCUGAGGAUGACCUCAGUUCUUCAAUGGAAAAAGAACAGGUGAAAAAGCAUGCCACUCAAAGGCAUCACAAUUGAUAGAAUUGAGGAUCUGCUAAAUUUACUAUUUCAGGAUGAGCAAUUAAGCACUAAAUUAAUGGCAAUCAUACUGUUGUGAAAAGAAAGGCAAGAGGUCCAUGUACAGGUCAAAACCCAGUCUAUAUUGCGGAUGGCUACUCUUUGUGACAGACACAUUGCAUAUGGAGGGAUUGGGAGGAUAUUUUUGAGUUAUUCUCUGAGGGGUUUAAAGCGUUCUUUAGUCCUAGAGGAGUUGAGGGUGGAGGGAACUCCAGAGCAGUAGUGGUGAGAUUACAAGGGCGACAUGAAGGUAUUAUCGAUUAGGAGGUGAAUUUUUAUGAACAAGAAGGACAUGGAAUGUGAACUUUUCUCAAUUUAUAAUGUAUUUGUAAGCUUUGCCUUUGUAAUGCUAAUUUGUUUUGACACUGGACAAAUCUGCUGGUUGUAGGAAUGUAAAUACAAGUGUAAAAAACUUGAGUGACGUUUUACUCUUGCAAUGGAAUACUCCAACCAGGAAGUGCUCAGAACAAAUAAUUUCCUUUCUGAAAUGGUUAUUUAAUAAUUUUGAGACACUGAAAUAAUGCUGAAUACAGUCACUACUGCUAUUUCUAACCAGAAAGUUUGAAACGUUCCUGUUUUUUGAGGACAAUAUUUUAGGUGUACAGAACCACCUUACAAGUACAUGAUUGGCCAAGACAGAACAUGGGGCUGACUCAGACAGUACAGUAUGAAUGAAGACAGUGCAGCAGAGAGGAAGAGGUGAAGAGGUUUUAGUACGGCCAAAAUAUGUCCACAAACAUGGUUUUUAUUGCUAAUUUGCUACCUGAGGCUUAUAGACGGGUAUGCUGACAUCACUAAAAAGAUGCGCACGAUUCAAUGGAGUAGAAGUCCGUGGCCUUGUUUGAGUGGUAAGCCUGAAGCAACCGACUGCAGAUGAAAGUCAAGGAGUGAAGUCGGUGGAGAUGCAUCUACCACAGCCAAAAGUCAUACACUGUGGUUUUCCAACAGCAAGGCUCAGUGCAACAUGGUAGUGUUGCUAUUGUUUAUACAAGUUUUUUUUGUAAUGUCUAAAUAAACAAGUCUCCAACCCCCAUAUCA